AUGGCUGGCCUCGGAGUAGCACACUGUCUCCGCCUACAAACGAGGAGCGUUCUUCUCCCUGGACUCAGGGAGCAAUAUUUAUUGGCUGGAUUUCAUUCCUCGGCUUUGGUAUCCGGCGGUGGGCCGAGAAAUCCAGAGCACAAGGCAGCAGCACGCAAGAAGAAGAGGAUUCAGAAGGAAAGAAGAAAGCAGCAAGCAAUUAUCCAUGGUUCGGAUGUGCGACUCGCAAAACCGGACCAGAUUGUUCCAGCAGGUGUCAAAGGAAAGAAAAAGCAACUCAACUCCCCUCGGAAUUUGGAGGCACCCUCCAGGCACCAGAAUCAUGCCAGCAAAUCCAAGCUGGGCGCGCGAGGGAUACGAAAUGAGAACGUGGAGCGGUCAUUACAAUACAAAGAAGAUGAUGGAUUCACCGCUGGGAUUGAUGACUUUACAAUGAACGAGACUUCCAAUUCAUCAAGUCGAUCACGACGCACCAAACGUAACCAAAAGCAAGAGCCCGCUAUGGAGAUGUCUCGAGAAUCCCUUCCCCAUGCAGAAAGUAGUUUGAUGGCCAACAAUGUCACCCAGUUUUCCUCCGUCCCCCUCAACACUGGCCUCGUCGAAUCACUCGCUGACAACCUUGGCCCUCACGUUACCCCUACGGAUAUUCAGAAGCUCUCCCUUUCGCAUUUCUUCAAACGUAAUCCGGGGAGCUCUGAUCGGUCUCCCAUCGUGCAGCGGGAUGUACCUCAAUCGAUGACCCUCCUCGCAUCCCAAACUGGGAGCGGAAAGAGCAUUGCCUAUCUCCUACCGAUGCUCCACUCGAUUAAAUGGCGGGAACUCAAGUCUGAGGACGAAGGGUCAUCAUCGGCGAACCGACCAUUAUGGGCACCAAAAGGCCUCAUUCUGGCACCAACACACGAGUUGGCCCGACAACUAUCACGCUUCGCCAAAGGGCUUUGUCAUAACAUUAAGCUACGCGUGCUUUGCCUUUCGCAAGAGAAUAAAUCUGUCAAACCGUCUAGCUUUGACGACAUGGGCCUAAGUCAUCUCCCUCUGGAGAAGGCUGCGGGGGAGUUUGAGAUACACCCGGAAACUUUGCUUGCUGCCAGAGGACAGGCGAACCAGCGGCCUAUCGAUGUUCUCGUCGGCACGACAAGUAGAGUUUUGGAUCUUUCCCGUGGUCGCCAGUGGAGAGACGAACUGGAAAAGCUGAUGACACGUAACCCAUGGGAAAAGGACGACGUGGAUGCUACUCAGCUGCAAGGUCGGAUGAACCCACCAGGAUGGAAGCCCUCGCUCGACUUGUCGCAAGUCGACUGGGUCGUGAUGGACGAGGCGGACGUCGUCUACGGCGCAGACUUUGUUCAUUCAACUGAGCUUCUUCUCAAUGACAUCCAGGCGGCGAAGCAGCGCCUCCCGUUAUCCAAGCCAGGCCAGGGUCCACCUACGGCACCUUACCCUUUCAAUCUCGUCUUGUGCACCGCGACCAUUCCCAACUCAUUGAACCAGUACAUCACAAACCAUUAUUCAUCUAUGGAACGUCUUACGAGUAUCCAACUGCAUAAUUUACCUCGAUCCAUCACUCCGGAACAUGUCCCGUUCACUGGAGGCGACCGUGCUGCUGAUGUCGCCGCUCGCCUCCGUGCAGUGUUCCGAGAAGAUAAGAUGCAGUAUAAUCCCUCCGGAGAACAGUCAAAAGUUCUGAUCUUCUGCAACAAGAGCUCCAAGGCUGAAAAUCUAGCCAAAUACCUGACGGAGCAUGACAUUCCCGCUAUUGCUCUCGUCCGUCAAGUGGAAAGUGGCCAACGUCGCAAGAACAGUGAUAAGAAGAUAGAGUCCUUUAUGAAAGGAACGUCCGCGCAGUCUGAAGGCGGAAAAUCUGGCGAAACAAAGGGCGACGCAGCAGCACCGCGCGUGCUAGUCACUACCUCACUCUUAUCUCGAGGUCUGGACUUUGACGAGAGCGUUCGGCACGUCUUCAUCGUUGACGAGCCGAGAAGCAUGGUCGACUUUAUCCACCGAGCUGGACGCACAGGGCGUGCUGGUGAAAGGGGCAAGGUUGUCAUAUUCUCCAAAUCGCGUGGCCGUGGUAGUCAGCGAUCGCAAACAGGUCUCAGAGGGGAGAUUUUUGAUAAGCUUGGAUUGCGACCUCGCAAAGUCGUUCGUCGUCCAGCGGACGCGUUUGCAUGGUAA